AUGGCCAUUGGUAAGAAAUUUUUGGCACAAUUAAAAAGUGCAUUUGUGGACUUAGAGGGCUACUAUACAGUCAUGGAAUUAGUAGAAGCAGGAGACUUAUUCCAUUUUAUAGCAAGACCAAAUUACCGUCCAAAUGAGGAAUUAUGGUCCUUUAUAUCCAUAAACUUACUAAUGGGAUUAGAACAAUUGCAUGAACUCGGUGUUAUUCAUAACGAUUUAAAGCCACCCAAUGUAUUAAUCCACAAAAAUGGAUACAUCGUAAUUUGCGAUUUUGGACUGAGUGUGAUUAGUGAACAUGACAGUGGUACAAAGGGUACUCCGGGUUAUAUUGCACCAGAAAAUUACACAGCAUGUGCCGAUUAUUUCAGUCUAGGAGUGAUCCUUUAUGAGUUAUCCGAAAAGAAACGUCCAUUUAAGGACUCACGAGGCUUUUUAUCAUUGAAAGUUAUGCCAGCAAAAAAUAUAAACGAAGAUGUCUCCAUAUUUAUUAAGAGUUUACUCGAAGUAGAUCCAGCUAACGGGACAUGCGACAUUAAAAAAGCAAAAACUUUUAAAUGCUUUAAUCCAUCGCAUUUUCAAUUGAUUGAGAAUCACUCCUUGAAAUCACCGUUACUGUCAUAUGUUGCCAGACAUGCAAUCAUACAGGACAUUGAACGAGCAUUUGAUUUUCAUCCUAAAUCAACUCCAAACCACAAGGAUGUUGGUAUCCAAUGCACCAUUGAUGCUCAAAAUGUCAACAACAAUCUAGGCAACAUGGCAACAACAUCUAGGCAAGAAGUGAAUAUUGUUGAAUUAACAAUGUUUGCAUGUAAUGAUGAGAGAUGUGGAUGCUUGAAAACAUUCAAUUCAGCUAAAGCACUCCAACAGCAUAACCGGGAUUUGGAUUCUUUGGCAUUGGGAAAAUAUAGAUGUGAUUAUUGUCAAAAGUGCUUUACUAGAAAAGAAAGAUUGGACAAUCAUAUUUUGUCCCAUAAUAACCCCCCAAAAAAAGCAAAAAAAUAA